AUGUCUGGUGUGCACAAAGGCUCUCGCCUGCUGAAAACCCUAGGUCAAGGGCGUUUCCGCCCGGCGCCUGCACCAUUGUGCGCGAGGAGUUUCUCAUCGCCCCCCGAGGCCAAACCCACCCAGAAUGACGACUUGAGCGAUCUCGAGUCGACGACGACAUUUACACCGGCCGCGCCCGACCAAGAGUCAAUUGAUGCCUUCAACCAAACCGAGUCGUUGGGCGCCAAGGGGAGGAGACUUCCCGGAAGUCGAUACCAGUAUCAUCCUCCCAAGUACUAUCGCGGUCCUCUCCAUCCCGUCCAAACACCGCCAGCAUCCGAUCCCACGGCUCGAGAUUUUGUUCCCGGCCCCUUCAGCUUCCCGCGGCUCAAGCACACCUACGACAGCACCAUCGCCCCGGACCUGUUGACCAUGACGUACCAGCACACUCCUCCGGGCACCGCGCCCGUUGUUUCGCAAAAGGGCACCCUGAGGCAGUGGGACGGCUCUUCUCCCUACCACAAGAACAGGCCCGCCCGAGGUCCCCGCGGCGGCGGCUCCUCCAGACUCGGCAUACUCGAGCGCAACAUCAACUGGAACAACAUCCCCGAGAUUGAGGCCGUCACCAUCAACUCGUACGCCCCCAACGCCGCCCAGAACAAGGAGUAUCUGCACGUAGCCCGUGCGGUGGUCCAGGCCAUCAGCGGCGCUUACCCCCAGGUCACGACCGUCAAGCACCAUGUGAUCCAUUGGGGUGUCCGCAAGGGCGACAAGGCCGGCUCCAAGGUGACGCUCCGCGGUGGUGCGGCCUAUGAGUUUGUCGACAAGCUGGUGACGCUGGUCCUGCCCAAGAUCAAGGACUGGCCGGGCAUCAAGGCCUCUACCGGCGAUGAUUCGGGUAAUUUGGCAUUUGGCAUGAAGCCAGAAUGGAUGGCUUACUUUCCCGAGAUAGAGUUCAACUACGACGCCUACAGCAUGCUGAUUAUCUCUGCGCAGAUGUAUCCCCCCAAGCUCGUGCCCGGAUGCGACAUCUUUAUUCACACAACGGGCACGUCUGACCGGCAGGGACGCUUAUUGAUGGAGGCACUGGGAUUCCCAUUCUACGGCAAGGCUACCCGUUGA